AUUCAAAUUGUCCAACCUAUAAAUCUACAUUUUUAAGUUUUCGUAAUUAGUAGUUAACUUUAUAUAUAUUAUUGUUUAGGUACUUGAAUAGGUUGAAACAAAUGGUUAAAAAUAGAUCGCAUGUAGAAGGGUCGAUUUGCGAGGCAUAUCUAUGUCAAGAGACUUCUCAUUUUUGUUCAUAUUAUUUUGAGUCUCAUGUGCAAUCUUUGAGAAAUAAAGUAUGUCGAAAUGAUGAUGGGGUUCAAGAUGAUGAUGUUCAACAUACUUUAUCAAUUUUUAAUCAUCCUGGUCGCUUAGCUGGAACUCGUAAGAGUCGGUAUUUGGAUGAAAAAGAAUUAGCUGCUGCACAUUUGCAUAUCCUACUAAAUUGUGAAGAAGUCCAACCAUUUAUUGAAUGCUUUGUGAAAUAUUUGGAAGAAAGUCAUCCAAAUAUAUCUCAAGCUGUCGUGGACGGUAGGAUUGCAUCUGAAUUUCCAAGUUGGUUUCAAGCAUAUGUACAUGACAAAAAUAACAUGGUGCAAGAUUUGUAUUUGCACCAGUUAGCAUAUGGUCCUAAGAGGAAGGUUUAUACUUGGCCUAUUUAUUAUGUCAAUGGUUUUAAGUUUCACACCGAAGAAUGGAGUGCUGGAAAAAAACCAUUAAUUGUGGAGUUUGUGUCAAAGGUGACGAUGAAGGAGUUGAAGAAAAUUAUUAUUAUGGGAAUAUUAAAGAGAUUAUGCAAGUUGAAUACCUGGGAGAACCAACCAAACAAUUAGUUUUAUUUAAUUGUGAAUGGUUUGAUGUUGUUGCCAAUCGUGGCAUGAAAGUUCAGCACCAAUAUGGCAUUGUGGAGGUUCAUCACCGUAGAAGAUAUUCAAAUUAUGAUCCUUUCAUAUUUGCAACAAAUGCUAUUCAAGUUUAUUAUGUACCAUACCCAGGAAAAUUAAAAGAAAAGAUUGAUUGGUGGGUUGCCAUUAAAACAAAACCUAGAGGCAGAGUCGAUGAUCGAUACACAUUAGAGGUUGCAUAUCAAGAUUCAACAACAACUACAACAAGUGUAGAUUUUGUAGCAAAUGAUGAGUUACUUGACCAUUUAAGAGAUGAAGGGGAAUAUGAGGAAAUAGAAAUGAGUAUUGAGGAACUAGAAAAAGAACAUGAUGAGAAAGACGAGGAGAACGAGGACGAAUUUGAUUUAGAAAAUGAUUUAGAAUACUCCGAGUAUCAAGAUGAUGGCACUAACAUUGAUAUUGAUGAUGAUGGUGAUGAUGAUGAGAUGAUACAUGGACAUAAUGAUUAUUAAAU